CCCUCACCGCCCUGCCGUGCCCCGUCCAUCGCCCCCUCUUCGCCGCAGCAUCGCGCUCUCUCUCCCUCUCUCUCUUCUGUCUCUUUCUCUCUUUCUCUCUCUCCCCUCUCCCUUUCUCUCGUUCUCUUCUUCCCCUUCCCUCUCCCGCCCUCCUCCUCCUUUUUCUCGCCCGGAGGUUGCGGGUCAGCGAGAGCCACCGCAGUGAGCCUGUCAGCGCUCCGCCCCGGCGCGAGUGCGAGGCUGCUGCCGCCGCCGCCGCCGAGCCGCCCUCCCCCUCUCCCGACCCUGCUCUCCAAUCGCCCUCCUCCUCCUCCGCCGCCGCCGCCGCUCCUGGCCCUCCACUUCUCCUCUUCCUCUUCUAGUCAUCCGUGUGGUUAGUAUCUCCUCCGCAGACGCUCCCUCCUCCCCCGCCCCCCGCGCGGCCCUCCCCCGCGCCCCCCAGGACCGAGAGCCCCGACCGGGCCACUCCGUCGCUGCCAGCUGCAUCUGCAGCUCCUCCCUGGGGAUCCAGCCCGAGAGCCGACGCCCGUCCCUCCGACCGAGCCAGCCAGCGAGCGGCCAACCCAGCGUCCGACAUGGGAAAUGAAGCAAGCUACCCCCUGGAAAUGUGCUCACAUUUUGAUGCUGAUGAAAUUAAAAGGCUAGGAAAAAGAUUUAAGAAGCUUGAUUUGGACAACUCUGGUUCCUUGAGUGUGGAAGAGUUCAUGUCUUUGCCUGAGUUGCAACAGAACCCAUUAGUACAGCGAGUAAUAGAUAUAUUUGACACAGAUGGGAAUGGAGAAGUAGACUUCAAAGAAUUCAUCGAAGGAGUUUCCCAGUUCAGUGUCAAAGGAGAUAAAGAACAGAAAUUAAGGUUUGCUUUCCGAAUCUAUGACAUGGAUAAAGAUGGCUAUAUUUCCAAUGGGGAGCUCUUCCAAGUGCUGAAGAUGAUGGUGGGGAACAAUCUGAAAGAUACACAAUUACAACAAAUUGUAGACAAAACCAUAAUUAAUGCAGAUAAGGACGGAGAUGGAAGAAUAUCCUUUGAAGAAUUCUGUGCUGUCGUAGGAGGCCUAGAUAUCCACAAAAAGAUGGUGGUAGACGUGUGACUCUCUUUAGAGCACCGCCCAACACUUUUGCUUUCUUCUCCAUCUCUGAAGAUCUGCUCAAGACGUCCAGCAACGCUAUCUGUGUAUUUAAAUGGAAGUAUUUUUCUCUGUGAAGCCACAUUUUCCAACAUGAGCCUCAUGAAGCCAACUAAGUGUUAUUGAACUCUUAUUCUCUCAAUAACUCCGUGUAGCACUUUAAAGUCUGAAGGACAGCAAGAUGGAAAAGAGCAUAUCAUUGUGGUGGAGAAAGGGAAGGGUUGGCUUUUUAAUUUAUUUUUCCUCAUCUUUUAUAACAAGGAAAUAUCUAUAUAUACAUAUGUAAAUAUUUAUAUAUAGAUAUAUGUAGCUUUCUAUAUGUAGUAGGUUGGCUUUAAUUUAAUAUACUUGAUUCAGAAGCAAAACUAGAAUACAAAAGUGCCAAGCAGAACAUAAACAGUUCGAAAUAUGGAUAUAUACUUACUUUUAUUUCACACAGUUUUAUAUAUAUAGUAGAAGUCUGUAAAAUUUAAACUGGGUGUUAGGUCAACUGUUUUCCUUUUCCUGUGAUAUUCAGAUGUCUCAUGACAGAUUGAUAAAGCAUUGUUAACUUCCUGCUAUUUACCUUAAUUACUUUUUUUGUAACACAGGAGUCUAUAAGUUUAUUUAUACCUGUUAAUAUAUUACCAGGGACUGUGUCUCUUUGCUAAGCAGCUUUUAAUACACUUCUGAUGAAUGAAAAAAUGUAAUUUCAAUGCUAAUGCCAAGAACUAGUCCUUGUGUUCAUAUAGUAACUGUGCAAUGCUUGUGGCCACUUCAUUCUGUUACUUAGUAACUGUGGAAACAGUUGCAUUUAUUAAAAUCUCCCUAAGCAAUGUAAAUUAUUAGCCGUAAUGGGUUAUUUUAUACACGACAGCUAGAUUUGUCUCGAUGCAUUGCUUACUUAAAGAUGAGGAUUUGAGAAUAUCAUGCAAUUAUCCAGAAUUCUCACUUUUGAUACAUUGUGUAGUGAGAUGUUUGUCAUUAAACUUAAUGUUGGAAUCAUGUUUCCCUUCUGCACUAGAAGAAUGCAGGUAAUGUAACCUAUUGUAGGUAGUCUAACUAAUAUUUAAUGCGUGUGUAUAUGUAUUAUGUACACAUAUUUAUACACGUAUAUUUCAUACAAGGGGAAAAUCUUGUUAACCUAUGCCAUAGAAAGAAGAAACUUUCCAUUAUCCAAAUUUGUACUAUCUCUCUCUCUCUCUAACAGGCCUAGAGAGUGACAUUUAUUUCUAGAUUUGCCCAAAUCAUGAUUUGUAAUGGAUGCUAACUUGCUAUAUUUGUGUGACAUAAAAGUAGUGAAUCAUGUUUUACCAACUACCCUUCCCUUUCUGCAAUGGUACUAUUGGCUGGAAAAAAAAAUGUUAUUAAACUUUUAGGGCAGUACAGUCUUUCCUAGUUUUUCUAUUUAACUGGUUUUAUAAUCAGCAAUAGAAAAGUAAGGUUGUAUGAACCUUCUUAAAUUGAGCACCUCUCUGCCAUAGCUGUUCCUUCAACUGAGUGCUGCACAUCAUGGGCUCUGUCUGUGAGAGAGAAAUCCAGGUGCUUGGUGUCCUUGCAUGACAUGGAGUUUUGCAUGUAGAUCGAUUUGAAAUGUACCUCUUGUUUACAUAAUUUGCAUAAUUUAAAAAGAUAAUGUUGCCAAACUUUGGUAAAUGUUAAUGUUCAAACUGAAAAUCUCCACUACAUGUAACUUUCUUCCUCUGGAUCAGUACGUGGCUUAUAAUCCCAGCCAGUGGUUUGAUCUGUUCCAGUGUCAACUGCCAUGUGCUCUGCUUCAAGGGGGAACUAGUCUUUUGUGAAUUUUUUGUACAUAAGUAUUUGUUACAGAUAUUUUAGCAAAUGCUUUCUAAUUCUCUUGCUUGUGCAUAUCUUGGCUGGCGUUAUAGAAAAUAGUGCAAAUAUCAUUUCUUUAUUGGGGGAUUUUUUGUUUUGUUUUGUUUUUUAGUUUGUUGGGGGGAAUGGUUUAUGUUGAAUGUUAGUUUUUCUUUUGCAUGCUACAUCAUGUUGUGUGGGAUCUUUAGGAACCUUCAUACUAUAUGAAUAAAAAAAUAAAACAUUUGAAACUUGC